AUUUUCKAAGUWAAAAUGYAAAUUYUAUUAACUGUAGUUUUUUGCAGGUUUAGAUACCGRCUUGUGAAGAAYAAUGGUCAGUGGGCUUACAUGUGCGACUUUUGCWCUUCUUCUUUCGAUAGGGCAGAAGAACUUUUAAUGCACAGAGAAACCCACACUAAUCCUAAUUUCAUAAUGAUGGUAAUGCCCAAAGAGGAGAAUUUUUUAUCAAACGAAAUGAAAAUGAUCGGUUCUUAUCCUUGUGAUCUUUGCUCUCGUGUGUUCAAAUACGAAAGCCACUUUAACAACCACCGCCUCCGUCAUUUCGAGCCUCAAAUUAAACAACUUUUCUCCUGUGAUCUCUGCCACCGUUCGUACAGAUUCCAAAGCCAAUUGAAUAUUCACCGCCGCCGCCACUUUGCACCCAAAAUAAAAUGCCCUCAGUGUGACAAACACCUCUACGACAACUACACCCUCAAAGAGCACAUUUCGCAACAUCACGAAAACCGGCGGUURAUCUGCGAUAUGUGCAACCACGCCGCCCCUACUAAGUCUAUUUUGCGGUUACACAUCGUGGCCAAACACACCAAAGUCUACCCUUUCAGAUGCGAGCUAUGUGGUGAAGGGUAUGCCAAGAAGUGGUCUCUCGACAUCCACCACAAGUCGGUGCACGAAGGCACUCGCUACGUCUGCGAAAUCUGCAAAAAGGUGUUCAAAUACGAGGCAGGUCUGAGGACACACCUCAAAACUCAUGAUCCCAAUCAGCCUAAAACCGGAUUCACCUGCGAGAUUUGCUCGAAAGUCAUACAAAACGCGAGGGAUUUUGAAAGACAUGUGAAGGCGCAUCAUGGACAAAGAGAAGGGCAAAUGUGCGACGUGUGUGGGAAGAGUUACGCCAAAUUGGCGGUGCACAUGCAGAGUCAUACGGGGCUUAAGACACAUAUUUGUGAGAUUUGUGGCAAGGCUUUUGCCAGGAAUCAGGCGCUUCAGAGUCAUAUGUUGACACAUAAUGAGGAAAAACCGCACAAGUGUGAUGUGUGCGGGAAGGGACAUAAUACUAAACCGGCACUUAAGGUGCAUAUGAGGAAACACACAGGGGAGAGGCCUUACAAGUGCAGUGUGUGUUUAGAAGAGUUUAUCUCAGGGUCUAGGCUGACUCAGCAUAAGUGUAAACCCAUUGUUGACUAGUUGUUUUUGUUAUCAGGUCGUAAUGUUUUUUAUUUUAUUUUCGAUUUCUUCACAGAAGCUAUGUUAUGUACCUGUUUCCAUACUUUUGGGUGUUAAUAAAUUAUUUGUUACGAGA